ACGCCGCGUGAAACCCGCCCGCCGCGCAUCAUUGGUCGCAGCGCCGGAGCCGUUGGCUCCCAGACCCGCCUCUCCGCCUCCUCUCACUUUUCCCAAGGCGGAUGCGCCUGCGCUCAGCUGCCUGGGCGGGCUGGGAGGCGCGGGUUGAAAAGUCUCGUUCCAAGUUUGGAGAGAGAGAGAAGAGCGCCUCAGACCUCGGUACCCGCGAGCGGGGAGGAGGCAGGAAAGAAGGACGCGGCGUCUGGGGAGCACCCAGGCAGCAAGACGGGGCCCGGGCUUUCGACAGCGGGGAGUGUGACGCGCUUGGGAAAGGCAGGAGCGCCAGCGGUCGGGCUGCUCUUGGCUAACGAGGGGAGUCCGAGGCGGCGGCGAGGGGCGAACGACCCGACGCAAGAUGGCGAGUAAAGAGAUGUUUGAAGAUACUGUGGAGGAGCGUGUCAUCAAUGAAGAAUAUAAAAUCUGGAAGAAGAAUACACCGUUUCUAUAUGACCUGGUUAUGACCCAUGCUCUUCAGUGGCCCAGUCUUACCGUUCAGUGGCUUCCUGAAGUGACUAAACCGGAAGGAAAAGAUUAUGCCCUUCAUUGGCUAGUGCUGGGGACUCAUACGUCUGAUGAGCAGAAUCAUCUGGUGGUUGCCCGAGUACAUAUUCCCAAUGAUGAUGCACAGUUUGAUGCUUCCCAUUGUGACAGUGACAAGGGUGAAUUUGGUGGCUUUGGUUCUGUAACAGGAAAAAUUGAAUGUGAAAUUAAAAUCAAUCACGAAGGAGAAGUAAACCGUGCUCGUUACAUGCCGCAGAAUCCUCACAUCAUUGCUACAAAAACACCAUCUUCUGAUGUGUUGGUUUUUGACUAUACAAAACACCCUGCUAAACCAGACCCAAGUGGAGAAUGUAAUCCUGAUCUCAGAUUAAGAGGUCACCAGAAGGAAGGCUAUGGUCUCUCCUGGAAUUCGAAUUUGAGUGGACAUCUCCUAAGUGCAUCUGAUGACCAUACUGUCUGUCUGUGGGAUAUAAACGCAGGACCAAAAGAAGGCAAAAUUGUGGAUGCUAAAGCGAUCUUUACUGGCCACUCAGCUGUUGUAGAGGAUGUGGCCUGGCACCUGCUGCACGAGUCAUUGUUUGGAUCUGUUGCUGAUGAUCAGAAACUUAUGAUAUGGGACACCAGGUCCAAUACCACCUCCAAGCCGAGCCACUUGGUGGAUGCACACACUGCUGAAGUCAACUGCCUCUCAUUCAAUCCCUACAGCGAAUUUAUUCUAGCCACCGGCUCUGCGGAUAAGACCGUAGCUUUAUGGGAUCUGCGUAACUUAAAAUUAAAACUCCAUACCUUCGAAUCUCAUAAAGAUGAAAUUUUCCAGGUCCACUGGUCUCCACAUAAUGAAACUAUUCUGGCUUCAAGUGGUACUGACCGCCGCCUGAAUGUGUGGGAUUUAAGUAAAAUUGGGGAAGAACAAUCAGCAGAAGAUGCAGAAGAUGGGCCUCCAGAACUCCUGUUUAUUCAUGGAGGACACACUGCUAAGAUUUCAGAUUUUAGCUGGAACCCCAAUGAGCCUUGGGUCAUUUGCUCAGUGUCUGAGGAUAACAUCAUGCAGAUAUGGCAAAUGGCUGAAAAUAUUUACAAUGAUGAAGAGUCAGAUGUCACGACAUCCGAACUGGAGGGACAAGGAUCUUAAACCCAAAGUACGAGAGAUGUUUCUGUUGAAUGUAAUGCUACAUGAAUGCUUGAUUUAUCAAGCGCCAAAAAGGCAUUGUAUAGUAGGAAAUGUAAGUGGGGUGGCUUAUGGCUUCUUUAUCCUCUGAUUCUAGCACUUUCAAGUGAGCUGUUGCGUACUGUAUCAUAUUGUAGCUAUUAGGGAAGAGAAGAAUGUUGCUUAAGAAAGAACAUCACCAUUGAUUUUAAAUACAAGUAGCAGGGUAUUGCCUUUGAUUCAACUGUUUUAAGUCCUCAUUUUCUCAAACUAAGUGCUUGCUGUUCCCAAAUAUGCAAGAAUAACUUUUACACUUUUUCCUUCCAACACUUCUUGAUUGGCUUUGCAGAAAUAAAGUUUUAAAAUAAAA